GCCUCCUUCCCGGCCUGCAGCGAGACCACCGUUAGCGCCGCUCGCCUUCCGCCCCUGCUCUCGCCCCGACGGCGGCGGAGGCCGCGGCUCCGGCUGUGCUCUGCCCCGUUCGCCUUGCUUCCCCGGCGGCCUCGGCAGACAUGUUGUGAGGCGGCCGCGCGGGUGCCCGAAGGAUGGUUUGGCCGAGGCGGCGGCAACCGCUGCUGGUGGCGGCGGCCGCGGGGGCUCCGGCUCUGUAGAGCCGGGCCUGUGGGUGUCCUCCCGGGCCUGCGGCCGGCGGGGCUCCUGUGCCGUCCGGGUCCCCGGAGCCCUCGGCACCCCGACCUUCCCUUCAGACGAGCACUAGGAGCUCCCACACAGCGGGCGUUCUCGGCCCGCCAACCCACCUCUUCCUUCUCUCCGAGCUCCCCCGACCCCUACGCCCCUGCCCGGGGGCAGCCUGAAAUCUUCGCGGAGUGGUGGACCAGAGUCGAGGAGUUUAAAAGUUGGGGUCCGAAAGGCAGGAAGGUACGAUGGCUUCCUCGUCAGGCAACGAUGAUGACCUCACUAUCCCCAGAGCUGCUAUAAAUAAGAUGAUCAAAGAGACUCUCCCUAACGUCCGGGUGGCCAACGACGCCCGAGAGCUGGUCGUGAACUGCUGCACUGAAUUCAUUCACCUUAUAUCUUCGGAAGCCAAUGAGAUUUGCAACAAGUCGGAAAAGAAGACGAUUUCCCCAGAGCACGUCAUACAAGCACUAGAAAGUUUGGGCUUUGGCUCUUACAUCAGUGAAGUAAAAGAAGUCUUACAAGAAUGCAAGACGGUAGCGCUAAAAAGAAGAAAGGCCAGUUCUCGUUUGGAAAACCUUGGCAUUCCUGAGGAAGAGCUAUUGAGACAGCAACAGGAAUUGUUUGCUAAGGCUAGACAGCAACAAGCAGAAUUGGCCCAACAGGAAUGGCUUCAAAUGCAGCAAGCCGCCCAACAAGCCCAGCUUGCCCCAGAAAUAGCCCUUGAGACCCGGCAGGAAACCGGGGCAGUAACACCGGGUGGAGGUGAGGUGCGCCUAAUACACGUGAAAACCAGCAGCUAA